UUGAAGUGUCUUUGUUUGAUUUUGAAAAAAACGCUUCAACAUAUUUCUGACAUGAUUAUCUAAACCUUGAAAAGAUUUGUUUCUUCCAUAGCCAUACCAAAAUCAAAUUGCUUCUUUGUCGUUUUAUUUAAAAGUAAAAGAGGCCAGAAUGAAAAGAUCUGUUCUUUAUUUGCUGGUUGUGCUCUGUUGUUCAAGCUUUGCACUGAGUGCCCUUGUGGAGGACUCUGAUUUUAUAGACGAAAGAGGAAAAGCGCUGAAAUACUUGAAGGUGGUCCCUGGCUCAAGAAGAAACAAAGUAGAAUACCAUGACAUAGAACAAGAGGCAGGGAAAGCUGUUCUUAAAUUGCUUGACGCCAAAAUAGGAAAGAAGGUUAAUGACGCCGCAAAAGAGGUCACAGAUUUCCUAAACGACGCAGUUGGUCAUCAUGCCCAACAAAGGACCAAAGAUAUACAAUCCGACAAGCAAAAAGAAAUGUCGCUUCUUCACCUUGGGGCCAAGAAAGUUCUUGACAACAAAGAUGAGGACAACAAGCCUAAAAAGAAUAAGGAUGGUUCCUUUCUUGUGCAUUUUAAAGUCCCAUAUAUUGUGACACCUGUCAAUGAGAAGAAGAAAACUAAACCAAAGAAGUAUCAUCACAAACACGCGAAAAAGCCGCAUUUGAAGAAAUACCACCACCGCAUUUUGCAUCACGGACAUCAUCACCACCACCAUCAUCACCAGGCUCACGUAGCAGAUGCAAGCAAACUUGCGCCACAAACUCCACAAGUCCCGUACAAUCCACAAGCACCUCAGACGCCACCCCAGCAACCCAACUACAAUGCUAUCGAUUUAAGCUUUAACGGAUAUAACUGGACUUACCAGUAUAGUAAUGACACCAGCUCGGACAUGGUCCCCUGUCAGGGAAACUGCAUGGAUCCUUGCACAACACAAUGUUCCAUGAGGCAAGAUUGCUGCUGCUGUGAUCCCAACAUGAUGGCUCAGACCCAGGCCCAAGCACCCGUUCCGCCUGCUGCCCCAGUGUACCCUCCUGUUCAGCCAAUGGACCCUAUGGCUCCACCUCCUUUCCAGCCUCCUCCUAUGCCAGCGUUCCCCCAAUCGCAGUGUCCCUCGGCGUGCAAAAGAAACUGUUUUACUUACUGUCCGCGUGAUUGCUGCGGAGUAGCAGGAAAAAGAGACAAGGUUACAAAGAAAGGAGCAUCUGACAGCUAAGGGAAAACCAUCGACCAAGCGGAGAGUGAGCGGGAUGACGAAGCGAGUGGUGACGAGAGAGUAUCUGAAGAAGAGACCGAACGACAGCAUAAGGUAGAGGAUGAUAUCAAACGUAUAGAGGAGAAAAAUGAUGAACAAGGAGACAGUGGAAAGGGUAAAGAACAAGCAGAUAACAAAGAAACCUUAGAAGGAAGCUCGGAGAGCAAAGAUGACAACGAAAAUGACGAUUAAGUUUCGAAAAUGGUGGCCAUACAUAAAAUGAUUUUGUCAGGAGUGACUCGACUUCAUGUACUUGAGAGUCGUCAAAUUUUCGGAAAGGAUCAGAACGAGCAAUGUUUAAAACAGUUUAAACAUACUUUUUUCGUUCCGUAAACUUUACAUUCUUCGUUUAUAACCCCAAACUUGAAACACUUCUCUAAGCGGCGUCUAAGGUUGUUCCCGUACGACAGAUAAUUAGACAUGCACUGGCUUUUAUAAAGCGUUAAGCAUUUAUCAAUGAUGAUAUUUCUUUCAAAGUGUAUAAGAAUCUCUCAAAAUACCUGGACCGAUAAGAUAUUUAUAUGAGAAGUACCUCAGUAAAAGAAUUUAUUAUUUCAUAACGAUCCUCUACUUUCAACCAUAGUUGGUUUUUAAGGUAUUUGAAAAACUUAAAACCUACAGUGCGCUCAAUGCCUCCAGAUCAAUGCAUUACUGACUGUAUAGAUUAUCCUUCAAAGGAGAAAGUUCCCAUAGUAACGUGACCCUGUAAUAGUCUAUGAGAGAGGUGUGGAUGUUGAUAAAAUAGCUAAAAUGAAAAUGAAGAAUAUGUUCAAAUAGGGAAAUAUAAAAGAGGAUGUGUGUUUUGAUCCAUUUGUAUAAAGAUACUUAUUUGACUUAAUUAAACAUUAAAAAGGACA